UACUUCCUUUCGACCCUUCGUUGGCCUUUAGCCCUUCACAUUUGAGCCUUCUUUCCGAAGACUCCGUCUCAGAUUCAAACCCUAAUACCUUUUACUAACCCUGUUCGAGUUCGACAGUGCUCUCUUCUCUAGCUCAAUUUCUCGGUCUGCUACUUCCUACCGGCGACGACCAGAGACGGCGGUUUGGCAGUAAGGGUCAAGGAAGGAGAGGAAUUCUUCAGCUCCAUAGUUCCUAUUAUGGCAGCUGCAACAGCCUCAGCUGCUCCAUCGAACAGACCUCCUCGGCGCAACGGACCUGGACCCAUUGCUGAAGACGAUAGCCUAGUGUUCGAAACUAGUCAUGGCGUUGAGGCUAUCACAUCGUUCGAUCAGAUGGGUAUCAAAGAUGAUCUUCUCCGAGGGAUUUAUCAAUAUGGGUUCGAGAAGCCGUCUGCGAUACAGCAGAGAGCGGUUUUGCCUAUCAUCAAUGGUCGUGACGUGAUUGCUCAGGCACAAUCUGGUACUGGCAAAACCUCAAUGAUUGCCCUCACUGUCUGCCAGAUGGUCGAUACCUCAACCAGAGAGUACGUUUGUUCCCCUUCGUCUUUUGUGCUUCUCUUUCUCUCUCUUCGUUUUUUUGUCGGCUCUUUUCUCGUUGUUAUUGCACAGUUUGUUUUCGGGUAUGUGGUAGAGAUAGAGAUUUUGCCGAAUGUGAAGGUUGAGAGAGAGAUGGAUUCCCCCACCUUUCUACUCUCUUCAUUCGUGGAUUUCAAAGGGGGAAAAAAGGGCAUAAACCCUGAUACAUUUCUUGUUGUACUCCGUUUAUAUUUUUUGAUUUUACUCCCCAUGGUGACCUUUUUUUCUUUUUUCUUUUCUUCUUCUUCUUUUUUUUUUUUUUUUCACUUCAGUAUGUUAAAUGUUUGCUUUCUGCCUAAUCAGGUGUCUUUGGUGAUCAAUUAUGACUUACCCAACAACCGUGAGCUUUACAUUCACAGGAUAGGUCGAUCUGGCCGUUUUGGACGGAAGGGUGUUGCCAUAAACUUUGUCCGCAACGAUGACAUAAGGAUUCUCAGGGACAUAGAACAGUAUUACAGCACACAGAUUGAUGAGAUGCCAAUGAAUGUCGCUGAUCUGAUUUAAGGUCAAGCUGGAUGUUGUUUGUUUGGCGUGAAGAGUGAUGGAAUGAAGCAAAUGGUUCAGUGAGAAAAAUUUCUUGGUGACUCCUUGAUUUCGUGCAGUGUCUACCUCUGCAUGAUUGGUUGUAUUUUUGAAGGUUUGCUGAUUUUCUGUUCUGAAAAGGAAAAGCUGACAGGAAGUGGGUUUUAAUGCUCUGGAGAUUUUGGGUAUGAUUGUUUCUAUUAACAGCGGCUUUCAGGAUUGUAUUUACUCUGGUGGCCUUUAAACAUGCUUAAUGUUUCACUUUUAGCCAUUGAACUUGGGGCAUGAUAGUUAGGACUAUGGUGGUUCCCUUUGUAUUUAUCUCAGAGUUUGCUUUUUUGUUUUGAUGCCACAAAAAAACUAAAAUUGUAUAUUAGACUCAAAUCUCCACUGUCGUGAGUGUUUUUUAAUAUUUGCAUGAUAACGGGCUAGAUUUCACUUGA